CCCAGCCCCCGCGGUGUACGAGUCUGUCCCACUGUUGCCAUUCCGACGCAGGUCUCACACUACUCAAGUAGAGCCAAACGCGGGAGUUGCUCUGAACGAAUCUGCGGUCUUAUCACCGUGGACCCACCGGAGUUCGCAGCCGGGUACAGCCUUUACGCACGGGGCUCUGUGGUGCCAAGAUGCGCCGCUGGACGAAGGGGCUUCGGUGUUGGUAAAGUAACAUAAAGAAGAGACUGCCAAAGGGGUACACCGUAUUGUUUACAACUCCGCGUCUACAACAGCAGUACCUGGGUGUGAAAAGAGGAUUUUUCCCAAUGAAUUUGGACAUUUUGUGAGAGGAUAUUCACGACUAUGGGGCGGUAAACGCUCCUCUCGCUGCACUAUGAGAGGAACAAAAAGCUCUUCUGCUGCUGCGGUGUGCGUCUGAGUCUCCAUCCUUCCAUCCAAGUCUACACACACUGUUCUUCAUGUUGCAAACGCCUGGUUUAUGACAAUGGAUUACUUGCUGUGGCUGUGCAGCUUCGUUGUUCCUGUGGUCCUGGCUGUAGAAGAAACCCUCAUGGACAGUCGGUGGGCAACCACAGAGCUGGCGUGGACCACGUUCCCAGAAAGCGGGUGGGAGGAGGUGAGCGGUUACGAUGACUCCAUGAGCCCCAUUCGGACCUACCAGGUGUGUAACGUCCGCCAGCCCAACCAGAACAACUGGCUCCGGACGGACUUCAUCCCCCGUAAAGGCGUGCUGCGGGUCUACGUGGAGCUCAAGUUCUCAGUGCGUGACUGUGCAAGCAUCCCCAACAUCCCCGGCUCCUGUAAAGAGACCUUCAACCUGUUUUAUUAUGAGUCUGACGGCGACACGGCCACGGACACCACCCCCCAAUGGAGAGAGAACCCAUAUGUCAAGGUGGACACCAUAGCUCCGGACGAGAGCUUCUCUCUUCUCGAGGCGGGCAGGAUAAACACCAAAGUGCGCAGUUUUGGCCCACUGUCCAAAGCUGGCUUCUACCUGGCCUUCCAAGACCUGGGCGCUUGCAUGUCUCUCAUUUCAGUCCGUGUUUUCUUCAAGAAAUGCUCCACCACUAUUGCCAACUUUGCUGUCUUCCCUGAAACGGCCACAGGAGCCGAGGCCACCUCUUUGGUGAUCGCACCUGGGGCCUGUGUUACCAAUGCCAUGGAGGUGUCCGUGCCUCUAAAGCUGUACUGCAACGGAGAUGGGGAGUGGAUGGUUCCUGUUGGAUCGUGCACGUGCAUGGCUGGCUUCGAACCCUCAUCGGACAGCACGCAGUGUCAAGCUUGUAUCCCGGGGACUUUUAAAUCCAAAUUCGGAUCGGCGUCCUGCGUCUUGUGCCCGGCCAACAGUCGCACCAGUGCCAGGGGCUCCAGCGUGUGUCCGUGCCAAAAUGGAUUCUACCGUGCUGACAGUGACCCCCCGGAGUCUGCAUGCACCACGAUCCCCUCAGCCCCUCGAAACGUCAUCUCCAGUGUGAACGAGACCUCCCUGUCCCUGGAGUGGGAGGAGCCUGAUGACAUGGGCGGGCGGAGUGACCUGGUCUAUAACGUCGUGUGUAAGAAGUGCCUUCGUGACCGGAGUCCAUGCACCCGCUGUGACGACAACGUGGACAUCGCCCCUCGCCGCCUGGGUCUGAGGCAGAGGAAGGUGGUGGUCCGAAACCUCCAGGCUCACACCAGAUACAGCUUUGAGGUCCAAGCGGUCAACGGGGUCUCCGGGAAGAACCCUACGUCACCGCGCUACUCCACUGUCAACAUUACCACCAACCAGGCUGCUCCCUCUGCGGUGCCCACUGUUCACCUGAUGCGCUCCACGGCAGACACCCUCAGUUUGUCAUGGCUGCCCCCAGAGAAGCCGAACGGGGUCAUCCUCGAUUAUGAGAUUAAAUACCACGAGAGGGGACUGGCCAUGUCUCACACAGUGACAUCCCAGCACAGCUCAGCUAAAGUGGAGGGUCUUCGUGCGGCCACCCCCUACGUGAUCCAAGUGAGGGCACGUACAGUCGCCGGUUAUGGUCGCUACAGCAACCCAAUGGACUUCAGCACCAGCCUUGAUAGUGAUCCGCAGAAGUCUGUCCAGGACCAGCUGCCACUCAUCGUUGGUUCUGCCUCCGCGGGUCUGGUGGUCAUUGUGGCGUUGGUGGUUAUCGCCAUAGUCUGCCUUAAGAAGCAGCGGAGCGGUUCCGAGCUGGAGUACACGGAGAAACUGCAGCAGUACAUUUCUCCAGGCGUUAAAGUCUACAUCGACCCCUUCACUUAUGAAGACCCUAAUGACGCUGUGCACGAGUUUGCCAAAGAAAUAGACAUCUCUUGUGUGAAAAUUGAGGAAGUCAUUGGUGCAGGUGAGUUUGGAGAGGUGUGUAGAGGUCGACUGAAGCAGGCAGGGCGUAGGGAGAUGGUAGUGGCUAUAAAGACUCUGAAAGCUGGCUACACUGAGCGCCAGAGGAGGGACUUCCUGGCGGAGGCAUCCAUCAUGGGCCAGUUUGACCAUCCCAACGUCAUCCGUCUGGAGGGUGUGCUGACCCGGAGCUGUCCCGUCCUGAUUAUUACAGAGUUCAUGGAGAACGGUGCUCUGGAUUCCUUCCUUCGGUUGAACGACGGGCGCUUCACCAUGACGCAGCUGGUGGGCAUGCUGCGUGGCAUCGCUGCGGGGAUGAAAUACCUGUCAGACAUGAACUACGUGCACAGAGACCUGGCAGCACGCAACAUCCUGGUCAACAGUAACCUGGUGUGCAAGGUGUCCGACUUUGGCCUGUCCCGUUUCCUGGAUGACACAUCUGCAGACCCCACCUACACAAGCUCCCUGGGAGGAAAGAUCCCCAUUCGGUGGACAGCUCCAGAGGCUAUUGCGUUCAGGAAAUUUACCUCCGCCAGUGAUGUGUGGAGCUAUGGCAUCGUCAUGUGGGAGGUGGUGUCCUAUGGGGAGCGGCCAUAUUGGGAUAUGAGCAACCAAGAUGUGAUGACGGCCGUGGAGCAAGACUACCGGCUCCCCCCACCCAUGGACUGUCCCAUGGUGCUGCACCAGCUCAUGUUAGAGUGUUGGAUGAAGGAGAGGAACUUAAGGCCUAAGUUCUCACGCAUCGUCAACACGUUAGACAAGCUGCUCCGCAACGCAGCCAGCCUCAAGGUGGUGACCAGCACCUACUCAGGGGACCUGUUGCGACUUGGAGGGACGCUGCCAGGACACAACAGGAAGAGUCCGGACAGCAGCCAGGAAAUAGUUCGGCAACAGAUGAGCCAAACUCUGCCCAUCAGAGUGUGAGCUGCAAAAUAAACAACACUAGAGGAUUCCCCGGAGAAGAGAAACUACCUAGAAACUCUAACACGAGAAGCCUGAUGUAAAAUAUGAGAAGAAAACGAAGAGGAGACUUAAGCUACAAAGAGACAGGACUGAUGGACGAGUCUUUCUGUGAUAAAAGGAACUAUCCAUUGAAAUGUGUGUGUUCAUUACUUGACACUUGUGGAUUUGUGACGAUCAACAUAAAAGCCAAACUUCCUUUCGCCCCUCUCAGGUUGUGUUUGCAUGUCUGCAUGAGUUUCUGCUGGUUGGGCGUCGGUCUUCCUUUUCGACUGACCACGGACGAACUUGCACACAGUACGAUUCAGUAUUUACAACCGUGCCAAGACAAAGCAUUUGUUUACUCAAUAUAAAGGACUUUAGACUUUUAAUCCAAUCAAUUUUUUACCCAACCAAUGUUUUUUUCUUCAGUGAUUUCUUUAUCUUCGACCCGCUUCCUCUAAAAUGCUGUCUUCCACCUGUGCCGGGAGAUAGAUGUAAUAAAUGUACAAAGCAUCCAAGUCUUCACACUGUCUCUGUCUGAGAGAUGCUACUGACACUGUGCAGGACACAUCGUGUGCAUGCCAAAGUGGACAAGUCUUCAUGAAAAACAAGCAAAUAUAUUAAUACUUCAGCGAUUGCUUUCAAUCUCCAAUUUUUUAAUCUUAUUUCACUCAUAUAUACGCAUUGUUUUGUAUGCUAAGUUAUUAUCAAUGUUUGCAAGGAGGUGUUUUGUGUUUUUUACUGGAAGUACUGGAUUUUUUUUUUUAUUAUAAGAUGCUUUUUCCCACCAAUAUUCAGACGGACAGUGACUUUUCCACUUGGUCAGAAUAAAAAAAAAAUGGGAUUAAUAGGGGCUCAUGCAAGUGCCAUGUUGUAUAUAUUUAAAGUUGGCAAAUGUGUUGCAGAUUAGGGGGUAUUAAAAAGGUCACUAUAUGAAAGCUUAGCGACCUUAAUAAUGACCUGACCUACAAAACAUCAGUGUAUUACAACAAAUCAUGCUACAGUUUAUUUCUCCUAACAUGAUGUAUUCCUUUGGCACGAUUGCUGUCCAGCGCAGUUCUUAAAAUACUUAAAAUACUGCCUGUAUAUAAGUCUAUUAGAACCAAUCUGCUCAGCAUAUUCGACUAUCUGACCUGACCGUGGCCUCAUGACCUGUUUCUCUGCCUGUUGAUUGUAUAGGACAGUUACACUCUAUGGACAUUAUAUCGAAAACUACAGUAAGUGUCAAAACUGAGAGAAGAAAUGUACGUCUGUUAGCGAAGCAGACUUUUCCUGUGCAAUGAAAAGUGUAAUAGAUUGUACAAAAAUUAAAAAAACACAACAAAAAUAAGGAUUUCUGUUUGAGUAU